UGUUAUUUGUUUACAUUUUAAUUUUUGCCAUAAAUAAAUAAAGUUUUGCAUACCCUAAUAAAUCUUUAUUUUUUCAUAAAACAGUUCUUGAAUUAAGAUUUAAGAACACACUAUGAAGGCACUUAUUCAAAGAGUGACUGCUGCUAAAGUAACAGUUGAUGAAGAACUUGUAAGCGCUAUUGGAAAAGGAAUCUGUGUUCUUGUUGGAUUUUGCAAAACUGAUACCGAGAAAGAUGUGGAUUAUAUCACACGGAAAAUACUUUCAAUUCGGCUAUUCCAUGACGAAACGGGUAAGCGCUGGAAAAAGAGUGUCAAAGAUGAAAAUUUAGAAAUUCUUUGCGUCAGUCAAUUUACUUUGUAUGGUCGGCUGAAAAAAAAUAAACCAGAUUUCAAUUUGUCGAUGGAGGGAGAACGUGCCAACGAGCUUUAUAGUACAUUUUUGAAAAAACUGGGAACACAGUAUGAUUCAAACAAAAUCAAAGAUGGAAGAUUUGGAGCUUAUAUGCAAGUUCAUAUACAAAACGAUGGACCCGUUACAAUUGAGAUAGAAUCCCCAACAUUAAAUGACAAACAAAACGAACUUCCAAAUGACAGUGAUCACAACCAACUAUAAAAAUAUAUACUAUGUAUUAAAGUCGAUGUUCUUAAGAGGCUAACAGAUCAAUGCUUUAUGACUGCAAAUAAAAGUUUAUUUUAUGCAA